AUGACAGUCAGUCCACCAAAUUUGUUCACUUUUCCACCGCUAAUGCUCGCUUUUCCCACAUUUGCACCGUUGAUGUUUGCGGUAACGCCAGUAGCAGAAGCAGCAGCAAAAACAACAACAACACUGAACCUCAUGCCAAAAGAAAUACAAAAUUUUUUGUUCCCCCAUCUUGAGAACAAGAUACUGCUACCAAACACGAAUCCCAUACCGGCCCCGGCAAUAGUAGUAGGCGGGAGACAGCAGGACUCGUCAGAUAUCCAGAAAUUCGCGCGUAGGCGAAGAUCCUCGGAUUACUAUGACAAUAUUGAGAACGAGGAUGAGGAGGGUACCAAUACGGGUAUUUCAGAUCGCAGAUCAGCAGACCCUGAAAAUGAUCAACCGACUACCAAUACUAAGAAACCGAACACAGGACGAAGAGACGUUUCUUUAUUUGCAUUUUGUGAAAUUCGAUUUGUUUAUAGUGAUAUCAGUAAUGAUAAAAUUGUGAUGGUGUUUGAAGAUACAAUGAAAAAGUCAUCAGCUUAA